CCCGGUACGCCGCUUGAUCUCUACACAAUGCUUGUCAGCGCAGGCGCUCGGCGCUCCGGUGCCGCUGCCGGUGCGGUAAGGUCAACCCUCCAUAGAUCACUACACUCUCAGAGACAGUUCUCUUCUUUCAUAGCGGCCCGGAAUUCCCAGUCACAAUGGCGGCGGGUUGCAAGAAACAACUCUGCCUUCCGUGGACGGAGCCAACCCUCUGGUUACCCGUCUUUGAUCUCUUCUCCUCGCUUCAUCUCUUCCUCCUCCUCCUCCGCCGCGACCGUGACCAGUGCAACCCCAGAGACACCUGUAGAUAACGGUGUUCAGACAAUUGAGGCUUUAUCGGACGGCAGUAAUCCCGCGCUAGAUCUUUCUCAGGUCCCAGUGAAACUAGGAUAUCUCAAAGAACUUGGGUUAGACUAUGGCUUUGGGCCAUCCUCAUUGAUCGAAACGUUACUUGAGUCCAUACAUAUCUAUGCUGGGCUACCGUGGUGGGGAAGUACGAUUGCUGCAGCUGUAUUUAUCCGCGUUGCGCUUUUUAAAUUCAAUCUCAACGCCUCCGACAUGUCUGCAAAGCUCCGACGGAUGCAACCUAUCACCAAACCCCUUCAGGAACGCAUGUUGAAAGCUGUGCGGGAAGGAAAUAAUCUCGAAGGUUUGAAACUAAAACAGGAAAUGGCUAUGAUACGUGAACAGCAUGGCGUGAAGAUGUGGAAAACCUUUGUUCCAAUGUUACAAAUCCCUCUGGGUUUUGGAUUUUUUAGAGUUCUGCGAGGAAUGUCCUCGUUGCCAGUACCAGGACUGCUGUCCGAGCAAUUCCUGUGGCUUAACGAUAUAACGCUCUCCGAUCCUUUUUUUAUCCUCCCCUUGGUUACCGGGGGGUCAAUGUACUUUGCUAUCAAGCGCGGCGGCGAGACAGGCAUGGACUUUGCCAAUUCUCCGCUUGGAAAAUUUAUGUUAUACGGGCUGCCCGUCAUUUCGACCACUGCUAUGAGUUUCUGGCCCGCUGUCCUACAGCUCUACUUCGCCAGCACCAGUUUGCUCGCUCUUAUUCAAGCCUAUCUGGUGACUUCUCCUGGUUUUCGUAAACUCGCUGGCGUUGAGCCUCUUCCGUCGAAAACUAAACCCGUAGGUCCCAACGAACCUGGGGCUAGUGGGUCGUCUGGUCGAAUUCGCGUUAUCCCGACCACGGCACGGGUGGUGCCCGAGGCACAACAGAACCCUGAACAGCAGGUUUACUCGCCCCAGAAGGUCAGCGUUAUCGAUCGUACUCUCGAUAACGUGAAGCAGGGGUUCCGUGACGUGCAGAAACAGGUGCAGGAAAAGAUGGACGAAAUGGCAGGCGACAAGACAGAGAAAAACCCCGACGGAACGCCAAAGGCACCGCCACGGCUCUCUAAACAGGAACUUGAGAAUGCUGCGGCAUACGAGAAGCGACGAAGGGAGCAACUUGAAAUGGAGCGAGAAUUGAGAAAUCAGAGCCUGCGAGAAGAAUAUAUGAGGAAGAAGCAGAACAUACAGUGAAGCAGAAGGAUAAGAGCUUUUCACUUGGUGUUAUUUUAUAUUUACUGGCUUCUUGCAUCGAAUUUUCGGCGAAAGAGUGUAUAUAUGAUCAGGUUUGGAUGGGGAAUGUUUCUGCUGCUUUUUUGUACUACUAUUUCCUAUUGUCAUCCCUCAUUAGCCGAGACUUGUCCUUCUACCUAUGUGUUAACUCCCUGGAGAUUUUGGCUUUGCGGGCUUUGCUGUCGUUACAACUAGAUUCCUGAUUACGCUGGAAAGUUCAGGGAAGACGGGUUCUUAGAUCAUUGAAGCAAGUCUGCGUUCAUCGCUUAUUAUUAUUGCGAAUUCUGAUAAUUCCCAUGUUAAACUGUGAGUAAUCCUUUACCGGUACCGCGUUGCUGCCUCGCUAUAAUCAAGAUUCAUACCCCAUGAAAUGCACCAUACUUUCUAAACGCCAGUGGGCCCAAGUAUCUCACAACAAUUCGUUUACCCAUAAACUGACGAAAGAAUUCAGCUUUGGGACUUCCCAUCAUUUACUGGCCAACAAACUUUACAUCACCUAAACAGCCGCCUACCACCACUGCCGCUUCUGACACUCCAAGUAAACGCACCACGAACAGAAAGUCCGUUCAUGCUCAAACCUGUGAAGCCAACCCCGCCUCCCUCGCCAUCACGCCGAUACCGUCGGAACGCUUCUCGCAAGUGAGAUGGGAGGAGAGGGCCACGAUGUGGGUUAGGAGGUAGUUUAAAAGGUCUUCGGCGACCGGCGUGACGUGUUUCCCCUGGCGCUGUUGUAACAGUGGUAGCUGUCGUUGCAGGUGACAUAUCGAAUGACAUGGUACUUUGGAGGGUUGUUUGUGUGGAAUUUGGCGGAGUGCUGACUGAAAUCCCAUCAAAGCUUUGUGAUUCUUCCUUUUUUAUCACCGGUUCUUUUGGUCCUUCGACCUUUACGAUUGAAGGCGAAGGCAGCGAGGUUGUUGGCUUAGGUUUCUCCUGUCCUGAAGGAUCUGAAACCUGUUCUGCAGCUUGUGAUUCUUCCUGAAUAGUAAGUUCUUCCUCCUCUGCUUCGUACGCUUCAAGGGCGGCUGCAUCAGUCGUAUCAGCCCAUUGUUGCUGGACAGUCCUUGCCUUUUCUACCAUCUCCCCUAUAAAUAUCUUGGUAUACCCGCUGAUGGUGGUGAUAACAUUUGGGGGGACGGAUUGCGACAGGGUUUGAUUGACAAUUUUUCGUAAAGUAGGCUUGUU